AAUUUUCGUUUUUUUAGAUUUCACCAUGAAGCUUUAUUUUCUUGUAUUGGUGUUGGCCGUCGGAAGCCAGGGAUUCCUGUUAGAUGAUUUGAAAGAAACUUUCCACAAAGUUGGAGAUGCAUUCACAGCAACCUUCCAUACAGUUGGUGAACAGGCUAAGCAAGUAGGGACCUCACUUUUGGGUUCACUGAAGGAACAAGGCUCGAGCCUUCUGGGUCAGACUGUACAAAGUCUAUUGUUAGGAGGCAUGCAAGCUUUACAAAACACCCAGGUGACUCCUGCUGGUAGUAAGAGGAAUUUAGAAGCACAAAUUCUUGAAGCUGAGUUGAAAAGUAUCCUUGCGGACAAAUUAGGAAAAUACCAGACAACUUUCAACAGUGCCAUUGAUACUUUGACAAAACUAGGAGCUCUCUCUCAUAGUACCGAUCCUACAAAAUUGGUAGAAGCUGUUGAUGAAAUCGUCCACUCGCACAAUACAGUGUCCAACAAAUUAUUAAAAGAACUUAUUCAGGAAAUUCAACAGAGUUUGGGAAAAUCCCUUAAUCUUAACAAAAGAAAUGCUUUAACUGAUUUACUCGGACAAGUUGGACAAAAUCUAGCACAAUUUUUCCAACCUCAUCUUGAGGCAGCUAAAAACCUUGUCAAUGGUCUCGGCACCGUAGUAAAGCAAACAGGAACAGAUGUCGGCCCAGCCAUCCAACCUCACGUUGACGCUUUGAAAACCUCCGGAGCAGCCUUAUUACAACACGGACAAAAUGCACUUGCUGCUUUGAAAGAUGCUGUAACUGAUGUUUUACACCAGACACUGGUAAAUAUAAAGCCACAUUUAGUAAAUGUUGUACAACACGGAACUGCACUUGCCUCCCAAGCUGGUGGACAGUUUGUUAAUCAUCUAAGCAGCCACUUAUUAUCUAGUUUAGGAGCAGCAACGCCAGAAGCUUAAACGUUAUGAAAAGGAUUUUUUAAAAACACCAAUAAAAAAAUAAACAUGAAUAUAUA